UAGGAGAUCGGGCAUGUCUUAGCUGUACAUCCCUGAGGCUGGCAAACAAAAUGACUGUACACUUUAAAUGUUGCACUAACGUCCCUCCUGUUUACGCAUACUCCAAAAAAGAUCGCUACUGUUGUUGGACUAAAGGAUCUGAACAAAUAUACUUUACUCUUACGAGCAAUUCUGGCUCAUGGACGCCACUAGCAACCAUGGGUGUUUUAGGUCCCCAGUAUCUUCCAGUUAGAUGGUGGCAUUCUUCACAUCCUCUUCGGGAUGACUCCAUAGUUGAAAAGUCACUGAAGUCCUUAAAGGACAAAACCAAGAAGUUGGAAGAAGGAGGUCCUGUAUAUAGUCCAACAGAAGUAGAAGUUGUGAAAAAAUCAAUUGGACAGAGGAUCGUGGACGAACUGAAGCACUAUUACCAUGGUUUUCGAUUGCUGUGGAUUGACACAAAAAUAGCUGCAAGGAUGCUCUGGCGAAUACUUCAUGGAAACACUUUGUCUCGCCGAGAACGGAGACAGUUUCUUCGAAUCUGUGCAGAUCUUUUCCGCUUGGUCCCUUUCUUAGUUUUUCUUGUUGUCCCAUUUAUGGAAUUUUUGCUUCCAGUAGCUCUUAAGUUGUUCCCUAAUAUGCUUCCCUCUACAUUUGAGACAAAGUCUAAAAAGGAGGAAAGAUUGAAGAAAGAAUUGAGAGUAAAGCUUGAAUUGGCUAAAUUCCUUCAAGACACUAUUGAGGAGAUGGCCUUAAAGAAUAAAGCAGCCAAAGGAAAUGUUACAAAAGAUUUUUCAACAUUCUUUCAAAAGAUUAGGGAAACUGGAGAAAGACCCAGUAAUGAGGAGAUCUUAAGAUUCUCUAAACUAUUUGAAGACGAGUUGACUCUGGACAAUCUAACCAGGCCUCAGUUGGUGGCACUUUGUAAAUUGUUGGAACUUCAGUCAAUCGGGACAAAUAAUUUUCUCCGCUUCCAGCUGACUAUGAGGUUGAGAAGCAUAAAAGCAGAUGACAAAAUGAUUGCUGAAGAAGGAGUCGAUAGCCUGACUGUUAAAGAACUGCAGGCAGCUUGUCGUGCCCGAGGCAUGAGAGCUCUUGGCGUGACAGAGGAGCGUCUCAAGGAGCAGCUUAAACAGUGGUUAGAUCUACACCUGAACCAGGAAAUUCCUACAUCGUUGCUCAUUUUGUCCAGAGCCAUGUAUCUUCCAGAUACUCUUUCUCCAGCUGAUCAGCUCAAAACAACACUUCAGACAUUACCAGAGAGUGCUGCCAAAGAGGCUCAGGUCAAAGUGGCAGAAGUUGAAGGUGAAAAAGUAGAUAACAAAGCGCGUCUGGAAGCAACACUUCAUGAAGAGGAAGCCAUCAGAAAAGAAAAUGAAGAGAAAGAGAUGGAAAGGUUGUCUGAAGCUGCAGAGAAAGCAAAAGAAACCCUCCAGGUUGCAGCCGUGAAAGAUGUGGAAUCAGCAGUAGAUCUUGAAGCAGCUGCUCUGCAAGUUAAAAAAAGUCAGAUAGCUCUGGAUACUGAACAAGAACUGGCAAGGGCUGAUGUGGUGAUGCACUCGGAGACACUGAAAGAUACAGCACCAGUACUGGAAGGCAUUAAGGGUGAGGAAAUCACUAAGGAGGAGAUUGACAUGCUGAGUGAUGCUUGCACCAAGCUGCAGGAACAGAAAAAAUCACUUACAAAGGAAAAGGAGGAGCUCGAGGAAUUGAAGGGUGAUAUCCAGGAGUAUAGUGAGGAUUUGCAAGAGAUCAAAGAGCUCUCUAAAACUGGUGAGGAAGAGGCAGUAGAAGAGUCAAAGGCAAGCAAGCGAUUGACCAAGAGGGUGAACCGAAUGAUUGGUCAGAUAGACAAAAUUAUUAAUGAAUUGGAAACAAAUCAAAAGACGGUGGAUGUCAAGCUGGACAGUGGCGAUAGUCCUCCUGCUGGGGGGAAUCUCAUCAGUAUUGCUGAGCUAAUUAAUGCGAUGAAACAAAUUCAGAAGAUUCCAGAGGAGAAGCUAAUUAGGAUUGCAGAGGCGCUAGAUGAAAACAAGGAUGGCAAAAUUGAUAUAGAUAAUGUUGUUAAGGUAGUAGAACUGAUUGACAAAGAAGAUAUUGAUAUUGGCACCAGUCAGGUUGCUGAGAUUAUGUCACUGCUUCAAAAAGAAGAAAAACUGGAAGAAAAAGAGAAAGCAAAGGAAAAGCAUGAUAAAGAAGCUGCAGAAGCAAAGAAUUAAGCUUCAGAAUCUGAAGCUAAUCCCAAUUGUAACCAAAACCUUGUAUAUCUUUGUGUCUAAUGGCUACAUAUUACUUGAGCUUUGUGAUUAUGGGAAGUGUUUUGAGCUGAUUCUAGUAAUAAAUCGUAGAUAUGUUUUCUGA